UCCCGGCUCCGGGAGGCCGCAGCCGCCCGCCCGCCCGCGCUCCCGCCCCGCCGGCGCUCCGCCGCCUGCUCGCCGCCCGCCCCUCCGGGACCCGGGACCGCGCGGCGGGAGCCGGGCCCCUCCCUCGCCAGGCCGGGGCAGCGAGCGGCCGGGACGGGUCCUGGCACCCACCAUGCGGGCCGAGCUCUGGCUCCUUGUGCUGGUGCUCAGGGAGGCUGCCCGGGCGCUGAGCCCCCAGCCCGGAGCAGGUCCUGAUGAAGGCCCAGGCUCUGGAUGGGCUGCCAAGGGGACCACAAAGAGCUGGAAUCGGAGAGCCCGAGAGAGCCCUGGGCAGGUGUCGGAGCCGGACAGGACUCAGCUGAGCCAGGACCUGGGAGGGGGCACCCUGGCCAUCGACACACUGCCAGAUAAUGGGACCAGGGUGGUGGAGGACAAUCACAGCUACUAUGUGUCCCGUCUGUACGGCCCCAGCGAACCCCGCAGCCGGGAACUGUGGGUAGAUGUGGCCGAGGCCAACCGGAGCCAAGUGAAGGUUCACAGAAUACUCUCCAACACCCACCGGCAGGCUUCGAGAGUGGUCUUGUCCUUCGAUUUCCCUUUCUACGGGCAUCCGCUGCGACAGAUCACCAUAGCAACCGGAGGCUUCAUCUUCAUGGGUGACGUGAUCCACCGGAUGCUCACGGCUACGCAGUAUGUGGCCCCCCUCAUGGCCAACUUCAACCCUGGCUACUCCGACAAUUCCACGGUUGCUUACUUUGACAACGGGACAGUCUUUGUCGUUCAGUGGGACCAUGUCUACCUCCAAGGCCGGGAGGACAGGGGCAGCUUCACCUUCCAGGCAGCUCUGCACCGUGAUGGCCGCAUUGUCUUCGGCUACAAAGAGAUCCCCAUGUCCGUCCUGGAGAUCAGCUCCUCCCAGCACCCUGUCAAAGCAGGCCUGUCAGACGCCUUCAUGAUUCUCAACCCGUCCCCGGACGUGCCAGAAUCUCGGCGAAGGACCAUCUUCGAAUACCACCGUGUGGAGCUGGACCCCGGCAAGGUCACCAGCAUGUCAGCUGUGGAGUUCACCCCGUUGCCAACCUGCCUGCAGCAUCGGAGCUGCGACGCCUGCAUGUCCUCGGACCUGACCUUCAACUGCAGCUGGUGCCAUGUCCUCCAGAGGUGCUCCAGUGGCUUUGACCGCUACCGCCAGGAGUGGCUGGCCUACGGCUGUGCCCAGGAGGUGGAAGGCAGGACAUGCGAGGAAUUCCAGGAUGAGGACCACUACUCGGCCUCCCCUGACAGCUCCCUGGGACCCUUUGACGAAGACCUGGCCACCACCAGCCCCUCCUCCCUCAUCGUGGACAGCCUCACCACGGAAGAUGACACCAAGUUGAAUCCCUAUGCAGGAGGAGACGGCCUUCAGAACAACCUGUCCCCCAAGACAAAGGGAGCCCCCAUGCACCUGGGUGCCAUCGUGGGCAUCGUGCUAGCGGUCCUCCUGGUGGCGGCCGUCAUCCUGGCUGGGAUUUACAUCAGCGGCCACCCCACCUCCAACGCCGCCCUCUUCUUCAUUGAGCGGAGACCUCACCACUGGCCAGCCAUGAAGUUCCGCAACCACCCCGGCCACUCCACCUACACCGAGGUUGAGCCCUCGGGCCGAGAGAAGGAGGGCUUCGUGGAGGCCGAGCAGUGCUGAGACCCCAGGUGUCCCCUUCGAAGGGUAGGAGAGAAGACACGGGGGCCACAGAAGAGAUAAAGCACAGAGAAGUGACUUUUCCUGGCGUCUCCCAGCAUACCAUGGGCCGAGAAGAUGAGAGGGUGGUUUAUGGCCCCCGAGCUUCAGCUUAGUCAUCACGCCCCAGACACUGAAGAGGGGGCAGAACGGCAACCACGUGGAGUUUCUAAAGGACAGUAGCCUAAUCUCAUCCUGUUUUGAUGCAAGGGUUCUCCCCUUCUGGGCCUUGCAGGGGUCUGCUCUGUAGCUGUCCCCGAGCCUCCUCCCCACACGGAGAUGGCCAAAUGCCCUGCUCCCAGUCACCUAAGCCCCUGCAUAUGACACCAGCUAGCUAGAGUCUAGAUUGGGGCUGUGCAUUCCAGGGUCCAUAGACUCAAGGGCUGGUCCUCAUGGCUAUGGAGUCGGUGCAUUUAGCCCCAGCUUCUGUGGCUCUGAAAGUCUGAAGUUCUCUCCAUCGGUUGGACUCAGGCGUGGCUGCUCUCAGCCCUUGAGGCGUGUCUUCAUCGGAGGAAAGCCAAAUAAGAGGAGAGAAAAGAACUGCGGGGAAAACUGCAUUUUAGGCUUCGCUCCCUUAACUUGCCCUUUCUGCUCAGAACCAAUCCUUCUGCACCAAAAUGCGCGUGCAGCCUCCCUGGGGGCUGUACCCGAACUCGCGGCCGGCCUCCCCCAGGCGAGCCGUGCUGUGCGCGGCCACACGUACCUCGGGAGGCUCCUCGUCCUGACGGCCUGUUCGGUGCCUGCUUUAUUCACUGCCCUGCUCUGCCUUCGGCACGUACCUCCAAAGGCAGGGCUUGCCCGAUUAAUAUUUUCCCUCCUCUGGACUGGAUUUUUAUAGCCAUUAAAGACGAAUAGGGUGGCUAUAGGGCUCCUGAGACAAACCCAGCAGGGAUCUUCAGUUGCAUUCUGUGGAGAAACAAAGUGCCAGAAUGGCUGAGACAGAGGCAGCCGGCAUGGGAGUUAGGGACUUCCUGCACAAGACCUUGACCUGGAAAGUUGCCGCCAUGUCCCCAGCUCUGUGAGUUUUUGGGGCUGGGAGUUUAGGCUCCCAGACUUAACCUGGCUUCAAGGAAGGUCCGUCCCAGUGAUGAGUUGGGGCUGCUUCUGAAGAGCAUUUAAAAUUAAAAUCUAUAGCUCACCCUCAUUCAAAAUAAAAAAUAUCAGCAGCAAAUAAAUGUUAAAUCACAGUCUCUGCUUAGUCAUGCCCUUUUAUGCCUGUCACGGGAUGCUGCAAACGAGAAGUUGGUUUAAGUACA